AUGUGGAAAGCUAAGAGAGGUGGUGAUCAUCUCACUAGAAGCUUUCCUAAGAGUAGAAAAGCUUCCAAGAAUGAAUCAUUGGUCUCAGUUGCCUUAAUGUUUUAUUUCCUUCAACUAGGUCACUUCCUUGGGGACUGUGAUCAAGGUGUUCGGUCCAGGCUCAGUGAUGGGCUAAUAUCAUAUUUGUCUAGAAGUGUCGCCUCUAUUACUUUGUGCAAUGGAGACACAGUCUUAUUUUCAUGCUCGGGCAUAGCUAUGGAACGCCAGGGGCGCCACCUUACAAGGUUUCUGACUUCUGCAAGUUUGGUUAGAGCUCUCAAUGGUACGAAUAAAGACCAUGAUGACUUGAAGAUUGAAGUGCGCCAUGAAGGCAAUGAAGUUUAUAUGGGGUGGAUGGCUGAAUUUGAUUUAGAUCGCAACUUUGCUGUUGUCAAUGUCCAUGCGUUCCUUGAAAAUGUUCAGGUUGGAUCUUUCCAACCUGCACUAGAAAUUCUGCCCCAUGGUGAGCUAUUAAUAGUUAUAGGGCGUGGUGUCUCUGGUGAAAUAAUGACCAAGAAUGUGGAAUUUAAUGGUGAUUCAAGGGUAUCCGAGGAUGAUGAAGAUCUUGAUUGUAAAAUCUCAGAGGCUUGGGACGGUGGGCCACUUCUUUCUGUUGAUGGGAAGGUUGUUGGCAUGAACCUUUUUCUGACUACUAGAAAAGCCGUUUUCCUACCAUGGGGCACAAUUCUCAAGCAUCUGGAGCAUUACUGGACAUCUCAGCAAAAGAAGACUGGUCUUGCACGGUUUGCAGUAAGACCCACAUGUGUGAAAUCUAACAGCCAUCCAGAAGCAGUACAUGGAGAUUUACUCAACCAGGAGCAGUUAGAUCUAGACUCCAUGGGUUACCCUAAGUUACCAUCCUCCAUGUUAGGAGCUGGCAUGAUUUUAGUUGAUACUUUUGAAGAGACUUUUGGCGACAUACAUGGUGAAGGUGUCUGGAGAAAAUUUAGUAAAAGUGCUUCUAACAUAAAUUGCAAUGUUGUCGCACUGGCUUCAUUUAAUGGAGAAAAGAGGUAUUUUGCAUGCACGGGUUUUUUUAUUGAAUGGAAUGGAUCUACGGUAAUUUUGACAUCAGCAAGCUUGGUUAGAAAUUCUGGUGAUGAGAACAAGAUUGUUGAAAACUUGAGGAUUGAAGUGUUGCUUAACAACCAAUAUAGAGAAGGGACAUUACUACAUUAUAGUCUACAUUACAACGUUGCUCUAGUCAGUGUGAAGGAUUACCCUGCUCUUCGUCCAUCAAAUACUCUGCUUCGUUGGAAAAAGGAUUUUAAAGUAGUAGCUGUAGGGCGUUGCUUCAAAUCAGGCAUGUUAAUGGCUACUAGCGGGGAUAUGGUUUCCUGGACAGGCACACUCGAUCGCGAUUUCCUCGUAACUUCCACGUGUAAAAUCACUAAGGCAAUCCUGUAUUUUUUUAUUCCUAUUUUUUCGUGUCUUGAUGGGGAUGUUAUUGGCAUGAACUUCUAUGAUAAGAGAAUAGGGACCCCUUUCCUGUUAUUGGUGGACAUUUACAAAAUUCUAGCAUCGUUUGAGACAAAAAGUGAACUUGGUGAAGUUGGCAAUGAUAGUGAUCCCUCUGGAGCGCUUUUCUGGAAAAUGGAUGAAGAUAACAAAACUAAGUUAAACAGGUGGCCUGUGCCCAUGCCUCGCUGGCGCAAUCCUGACUAUGUGGAUGAGGAUAAAUCUGAUGAUGAUGAUGAGGUCUUUGAUCACAAAUCUGGCCGCGCGCCGCCUAUGGACGGUUACUUCAAGGGAAAGAAACUCAUGCUCUUUAGAUGCAGUCACGCCCUUGAUUGGUCACACAAUCUCCAUAUUAUUGCUUGUUUUGGAUGGCAGAAGUAA